AUGGCCUCGGCUGCUCGUUCCGCUUCUCGGGCUUUCCUGCGCUCGACCCCGGCGACCUCCUCGUUCCGUCCGGCCGCGCGCUCUGCUCGGUUCGCUGUCCCCGCCCAGGGCUUCCGUGCCUCUGCUCGCCGCGGAUAUGCCUCUGAGGCUGACGCUAAGAAGGGUGGCUCUGGCGGUAUCUGGGCUGCUUUGGCCUUCGCCGUCGCUGGUGGCGCUGGUGCGUACUUCUACCUGACCGGCGAGUCCACCAAGGGUCCCUUCGUCCCCACCCAGGAGGACUACCAGAAGGUGUAUGAUGAGAUUGCCCACCGUCUGGCGAACGAGACCGACUACGACGACGGCAGCUAUGGUCCCGUCCUCGUUCGUCUCGCCUGGCACGCUAGCGGUACCUAUGACAAGGAGACCGGCACUGGUGGCAGCAACGGUGCUACCAUGCGUUUCGCCCCCGAGUCUGACCACGGCGCCAACGCCGGUCUGAAGCUCGCCCGCGACUUCCUCGAGCCCGUCAAGGCCAAGUUCCCCUGGAUCACCUACUCCGAUCUCUGGACUCUGGCCGGUUCUGCCGCCAUCCAGGAGCUUGGCGGUCCCGUCAUCCCCUGGAGACCCGGUCGUCAGGACAAGGACGUCGCCGCCUGCACUCCCGACGGCCGUCUGCCCGAUGCCACCAAGGACCACCGCCACAUCCGCGACGUCUUCGGCCGCAUGGGCUUCGAUGACCGUGAGAUGGUCGCUCUGAUCGGUGCUCACGCCCUGGGCCGUGCUCACACUGACCGCUCCGGCUUCGAGGGCCCCUGGAACUUCAGCCCUACCGUCUUCAGCAACGAGUUCUUCCGCCUGCUCGUCGAGGAGAAGUGGAACCAGCGCAAGUGGAACGGCCCGGCUCAGUUCACCGACAAAACCACCUCCACUCUGAUGAUGCUGCCCGCUGACAUGGCCCUCGUCAAGGACAAGGGAUUCAAGAAGCAUGUCGAGCGCUAUGCCAAGGACAGCGAUGUCUUCUUCAAGGAGUUCGCUGAGGUCUAUGUCAAGCUCCUCGAGAACGGUGUGCCCUUCCAGAUCAAGCCGGAGGACCGCUUCGUCUUCAAGACCUCUGAGUAA